AAGAGAAAUUACAUAGAUACCCACUCUCCUUCCUUCCUUCCUUCCCUUCCUCUUCUUCUUCUUCUUCUUUCUUCUGCGGCGCCAUUUUUACUGCGCCUCUCUCCGCUCCGACACCGUCCCCGAUUCCCACGGGUUCGGCUUUGUUGAUUCAACCAGGAUUUAAGCUUUGAGAACUUUGAUACUUUUCUUGGACUCGAUGGAACAGUAUGAGAAAGUUGAGAAGAUUGGAGAAGGAACUUAUGGUGUAGUUUACAAGGCACGCGAUCGUGUCACCAAUGAGACUAUUGCUUUGAAGAAGAUCCGUUUGGAGCAAGAAGAUGAGGGAGUGCCAAGCACAGCUAUUCGUGAAAUUUCACUGUUGAAGGAAAUGCAGCACGGCAACAUUGUGAGGUUACAAGAUGUAGUGCAUAGCGAGAAGCGUCUGUAUCUUGUUUUUGAGUACCUGGAUUUGGAUUUGAAGAAGCAUAUGGAUUCAUCUCCUGAAUUUUCAAAGGAUCCACGCCAAGUAAAAAUGUUUCUUUAUCAAAUUCUUCGUGGCAUUGCAUAUUGUCAUUCUCAUAGAGUUCUUCACCGAGAUCUAAAACCCCAAAAUCUGCUGAUUGAUCGUCGUACCAAUGCCCUGAAGCUUGCUGACUUUGGACUGGCAAGAGCAUUUGGUAUUCCUGUUAGAACAUUCACGCAUGAGGUGGUGACCCUUUGGUACAGAGCACCAGAAAUAUUGCUUGGUUCCCGACAUUAUUCCACCCCCGUGGAUGUGUGGUCAGUGGGUUGCAUAUUUGCUGAGAUGGUUAAUCAGCGACCGUUGUUCCCUGGAGACUCUGAGAUUGAUGAACUGUUUAAGAUAUUUAGAGUUCUGGGAACUCCAAAUGAAGAUACGUGGCCUGGUGUUACAUCUUUGCCUGAUUUUAAAUCUACUUUCCCCAAGUGGUCUCCCAAGGACCUGGCUUCUGUAGUUCCUAAUCUUGAAGCCGCUGGAAUUGAUCUUCUCUCUAAAAUGCUGUGCUUGGAUCCCACCAAAAGAGUCACUGCCAGGAAUGCCCUUGAGCAUGAAUACUUCAAAGAUGUUGGGUUUGUUCCCUAAUUCUUCUACCAAUCCUCCUAGGAGAGUGUUUAUAUAGCCUCCUCUAUUGUGUAGCAUUUUAUGGGUUUUAAUUGCGUGAUUUGAAAAAGAAAAAAAAGGAAGAAAAAAAUACAUAAAUAUAUAAUGAGUGUGCUGUGUCUGCUUAUUAGUGGUUUUUAUCAUUUUUCUUUCCAUCUGAUUCUUGAAAACUUAGAGCAGGUUUUGUUAAAUGUGGCUUUUAACAGAAUAUUGGCUUUCCAAAUAUACUUCUCUCUUUCAUUUCUUGCCGCAAAUAUAUAUAUAUAUAUAUGAUAUAUAAAUA